GCUCCUUGCGCCUAGGGCCGGGCGCGGUGUCGCAGGCGGAGUAGAGCCCGGAGCCCGGGCAGGAUGCGCCUCGCCGCCCCGCUGCUCCUGCUGCCGGCCCUGCUGCUGCUGCUGCUGGCCGCGCUCCCCGUCCGGGGCCGCCAGGAGCCCCCCGCGCCGGGGCCGCUACUGGCCGCGCAGGGCCCCGCCAACGCCAGCCGGCCGCCGCCGGAGCCGCUGGGCGCCCCCGGGAACCACAGCGGCGCCCAGGUCAGCCUCCUGCCCGCGCUGCUCCGGGACCUGUCCGCGCUCAAGGCCGCAGUGAUCGGGGCGUGCGUCCUCAGCGCCGGCCUCAUCGGC